AGAUAGGUUCGACUGGAGGUCUCCCGAAGAGGAGAAAGUUUUAUAAAUUGAACGAAGAGGGUCCUAGUGACCCACCAAACGGAGCAAUCAUUGAUUCCGACGAGUCAACGGUGAUCAUGGGUGCCCAGGAGGAGGACACCAAGUCCAGCACCAUGGGCAGGGUGCUAUCGGUGGUAGAAAUCGCGUCUCUAGUGGAGAAAGCGAAGUUCUACACAUCGCUCUGCCUGGGCACCACCGCCAUUCUUGCUGUCUUUGCCUUUCUUUUUCUAAUCCCUUUCGUCGUGGAACCCGCCAUCUCCACGAUUCUGGCCGAUUUCUCUCCUCACGCCGUGGCCUGCGUCGUCACCGAUCACGUUUACGCCGAGGGACUGAAGAACUGUUCUUGGGCAAGCUGUAGAGAAGGUUGUACCAGCGCCGCGCUUCGUUGCCAUCAGAUCAGGGUGAAUUACACGAGGCUGACGUUCGAAGAAUUCAUGGCGAAACCACUGGGCUCCAUUCCCUGGGACGUCUCGGACACGAAAUUCUUUGUGAACACGGUAGGCUGUGGGUACCCACCCAGGGUGAACUGUUCCGAUUUUGCCAAGAAAUACGGAUAUUCGAACAUGGGAAAGAUAUUUCGCUGCUAUUACAGCAGAACACAUCCAGAGACUGUCGUUGCAAGGUACUCUUGGAAUGAAAACCUGUGGUACCUAGUGCUGGCCUUGGUAGUGCCUAUAUUUCUUUUCGGAAUGUCCCUCGUUGUAUUAUGCUACUGGUACUGUCCACCGAUGGGCAAGACUUGUGGAGGACCAGGGUGUAACUUUAUUGACAAGAACGCGAGAAAGGAAGAGUAAGUAACGUAAUCCUGGGAGAGGACGAGUUCGAGGAGGACGAGGAGGAAUACUGACUGCUACCAAGGGCUCACCCCCCAGCGCGGGAGUGACGCCGAAGGAAUUACUGAGAAUCCCCAGCGUACUUCACGUUCUAAAUUUAAGCGAUCGAAAGCAAUAGCAGCGUUAGGGAAACCCCGGCAACGAAGACAAAUGCAAUUCGUUUGUAAAUCAGAGAGCUACUCUGACUUCUUUCAAACUUCCACAACUUCCAAAAUCGACCUUCGUCUAUCGCAAUAAAUUGCACUUGCGCUUAGCUCGAUUGCUUUCAUUAAACGAAAUUGGUAACCACGCUGAACUCUGCUCUUCUUCAAUCUCGCCUAUGGGACCGCGCUCGACCCUCGCGGUCGGUCCAAAACGAAUUCUGUCCAUCUCGAACUCGCGAUAAAUCAAAAAAUUCAACCUUCUACUACACCUACCGCGGAAACAAAAGCGACUCCUUUUCCGAACAUUUCUCCCGUGAUAAAAAAAAGUGCAAUACGAGCCGAAAUUAGGCUAAGACCGAACCGUUCGACCAUCUUGGAUCGUACAUCGAAAGUGCAUUUUCCAAAGCGUUUGUCCUUACGAAUUAAUUCGAGAUGACUGCGAUAUUUUUACACCGUGUU